AUGUCCAACGGCAUCACGGAGGCCUCGGAGGUCAGGAGGGUGCACCGGCAGUGCUGCGAGGCCGACAGAGUUUACUAUGCACAUGACAAACUGGACGAGUUCAUCGGCACCAUCAACAGCCACCUGCAGCCUCUGUUCAUGCAGAUCCGCAAGGGAAUGUCAGAGGAGGAUGGCAGAGCACACUAUGCUGUAGUGAAUCUGGCAGAAACCGAAGUAACUCGAAUGGCAUCUGACUACUCAGAAACAGAACUGGAGCUGUUCAGGAAAACAAUGGACCUAAUCAUCUUAUCAGAAAAUGGCUUUGCCUCGUCUACAGAUAUUUUAAACUUGGUUGACCAACUUCAGACAAAGAAAAUGAAGAAAAAGGAAGCAGAACAACUGCUGAAAGUUUUUGUGGAGGAUAAGUGGCUCUCUGAGAAAAAUGGAGAAUACACUCUGCAUACUCGCUGCAUAAUUGAGAUGGAGCAGUACAUUUUCAGCAACUACCAGGAUGUGGCCAGGAAGUGCAACAUCUGCCACAGCCUCGCCAUCCAGAGCCAAGUAUGUGAAUCCUGUGGCAUUGCAAUGCACUUACCUUGCACCAGGAAGUACUUCAGAGCUCAGACCGAGCGUCGCUGUCCACAGUGUAAUGAACUCUGGUCUUGUGACGACGUCCCAGGUACGAGUCAGAUGGAGUCCCAGUCACCAUCAAAACCAAGAGCAGAGAGGAGGUCCACUCUGGGCUCUAGGCGGUGCCAGUAAAACCUGAUGCCAGUGCAAGCUGUUCUCCCCACUCUGGCAGAAGAGCCAGACUGUGUUGUAUCCAUUAGUGACAGUGCUCAGUGUACUUAUUUUCUGAAGUUUUAAAAAUCUUACAAUAAAA